AUGCAGCAAGCCUGGCUCUCUCUUCUGUCCGGCCUGUGCCUUCACCUGGUUUUCCUUUGCAGUGCCGAGGAAGGUCUCGAGUUCCCUAAUUUUGACGGGAAGGACCGAGUGCUGGACAUCAACGAACGCAACUACAAGAAGGCUCUGAAGAGAUACGACCUGCUGUGCCUCUUCUACCAUGAACCUCUUCCAGCCAACAAGGGCCUGCAGAAGAGGUUCCAGAUGACAGAGCUGGUGCUGGAGCUUACGGCUCAAGUCCUGGAGGACAAAGACAUCGGUUUUGGAAUGGUGGAUUCUCAGAAGGAUUCCAAAGUAGCCAAGAAACUGGGUCUGGAGGAGGUGGGCAGCUUGUACGUCUUCAAGGACGACCGCAUCAUCGAGUUUGACGGCGAGCUCUCGUCUGACACGCUGGUGGAGUUCCUGUUGGAUGUGCUGGAGGACCCCGUAGAAAUGAUCAACAACGCCAUGGAGAUACGAGCCUUCGAGAGGAUGGAGGAAGACAUCCGCCUCAUCGGUUACUUCAAAGGAGAAGACUCAUACUACAAAGCUUUUCAGGAGGCCUCGGAGCGGUUUCAACCUUACAUCAAGUUUUUUGCCACGUUCGAUAAAUCUGUAGCCAAACAUCUGUCCCUCAAGAUGAACGAGGUCAAUUUCUACGAGCCGUUCAUGGAGGAGCCGGCCAUCCUUCCAGGUCGACCUCUGUCAGAGAUGGACAUCGUCGAAUUUGUCACCCAACACAGAAGGGCGACGCUGAGGAAGCUCCGGGCUGAGAACAUGUUUGAGACGUGGGAGGAUGACAUGGAUGGAAUACAUAUCGUUGCCUUUGCUGAAGAAGAAGAUCCAGAUGGCUACGAGUUCCUGGAGAUCCUGAAAGACGUGGCCAGAGACAACACCAACAACCCAGAGCUCAGCAUCGUCUGGAUUGACCCUGAUGACUUCCCUCUGCUGACCACCUACUGGGAAAAAACCUUCAAGUUGGACCUGUUUCGCCCCCAGAUUGGUGUGGUCAAUGUCACAGAUGCCGACAGCGUUUGGCUGGACAUGUCCAACGACGAGGACCUGCCCACCGCCGAGGAGCUGGAGGACUGGAUAGAGGACGUCCUGUCAGGGAGGGUGAACACCGAGGACGACGACGAGUCCGCCGACGACCUGGAAAGCCCUGACAGCUACAUCACGGAGGACAGCGACGAAAGCCACGAGCCUGAUGAGGAAGACGACGGCGACGACGAUGGUGCUGAUGAUGAAGAGGAGGAGGAGGAGGAGGGGGGGGGGAGGAAGGCUGGUCAUGGGAACUGGAAUGGAAUACAUACAUACAUACAUACACACACACGUAUACACACACAUGCUUGUUUACAUAAAUAGGUACAGUGUAAAAACAGGAGGCACAGUCACAUCGGGAUCACACACAGUUCAUCUGUCAGUAGGUACAAAACAUGACCAGCUGUCAGUGCUUCACACAUGAAACAGCGAGGACGUCUAGUUCUUUCCUGGUGGCUUAACUUGAAUUUUUUUUUUUACAGUGAAGUUGCAAAAAUGUGCAGUAUUUUAAUGCAGAUGCCCUCAGGUCGACCAGCAGGGGGCAGUAGGGGACAGCUCACAGCCACACAGCAUGUUGGUGGCAUGACUUCUUCUUCUCCUCAGUCUUUUUUUUCCCCACUUUGCUGAGUUAACCAGAUCAGAUAGGAGCAGAGUAACCGACAGGAUCUCAGGGUGACGGUUCAGCUUAAUCAAACUGUUUUCUGGCUUUACGUGAAUCGUCGGGUGAAAGAAAUACUAGUAAGAAAAAAUCCCUCCUGAGCCUCCCGUGAAAGGACAGACCUCGAGGGAUUUGCAUGUUUAUCAGACAACAGAGGUGAGAAGAAGGCAGUAAAGGAAAACCAGACGGUCCAGUUGGGAAGGAGGUUCCGCCCUGCUGCUGCUGCUGCAGCUCGCUGUUCCUACUGUUGGUUCACUGUCACCUAUAAUGAAUUCUCGGGAUAAAAGCAAACCCUGUGAGCCCUGGAGGAUAAAAUCAGACGAAACACACUGAAGUCUUUGUUUGGCUGAGUGGCUGAAUCAACCAGGUAUUCAUUUGCAGCGUUGAUAGAUUCAGUUCGAUGUCCAUUUUCACACCACUAACAUGAAAGAAACACGAAGAAACUUUUCACAUUAAACGCCUCGGGGUGGCCCAGUAGCUCCUCAUGGUACGUGCCCACAGGAUCUGCUGGAGCUCCUGCAGAAAACGAACACUUGUACAUCUAAAAUGAGAACAGACUGAGCAGCUCACCGUAUAAAAAUGCAUUUCAGUGGCAAGUUUUUGUUUCCAAGUGAGCUGCUGUGUCGGUUUGAAAUCCAGGAGUUUCAGAUCACAAGCGUCCCUCCGACAGUGUCUGAAGAACACCAUCAACACAACACAAAACCAUGUAAAUCAACCUCCAGCCCCCCUGUAGACACGUACCACAGGAGCUAAUGUUCACACAGCACCACACGUCCACAACACGCUGCCACCGAGGACAGCAGGUCGUCAUACG